GUACCAGAGAUAGAGAGAGGAGGGCUCAGUGAGUCACUGACUACUCCCUGCCUUAUAAAAAUAGCUCUGCAGACAGACUGCUUCUUCACUCAGGAGGUGUUAAACAAGGAAGGAAGAUGUGUGGAGUCAUGGCUUCUCACAAGCUGAUGCUGAGUUCUCUGGGGGGGAACAGACCUGUCCGACGGAACCUAUUCGGCCCUGUGGAUCAAGACCAGCUGUGGAUAGAGUUCCAGGCCAUACUUCGUAAAGACCUGGACGAUAUGUCAAAACGAUGGGGCUUCGACUUCAAGUCGGACAAGCCUCUGGAGAGCAGCGACUUCAAGUGGACGAGCAUCCCAGAAACCAGGGUCCCGCUGCACUACAGGUCCUGCAUGCUGGCGGUUGGACAGUCGGAGGGCUUGAGGCUGGCAGACAGAGUGGUUCUGACCAAAACAGUAAGGAUAAAGAAAGAGAACAUCCCUCAGAUGCCAGAGAAAUGUGCAAUAGAGCUGGAGGGCCUGGAAAGAACAUCGGAGAAGGGAGACAAAGCCGGGCUGAAGAGGAAACAGACGAAUAUAACAGACUUCUAUCAGGCCAAGAGAAGAGUUGUGGGGAUGCCGACGAAAUCUGGGGAGUGAUAUUCACAGAAACGCUGCCAAAACUACAAGAAACCACAUAGACAGCACCUGAUUCAGGAAUCAUAUAUUCCACACAGACUUUAGCAAUGAAUCAUCUGAACAAAAACCCAGAGGAGAACUCAUCUGCACAUCACUGCUACAGUAUAUGAUAAUUAGUGUACUGUAUGGGAGGGGGUUGGUUUGUUUUUCCCCAGUGGUAAGAUGGGGACAUUUGAGCAGAAAAGAUUAACAGUAAUCCCUGGAAUCAGUGGAUUUAUACUCAUUUGGAUCAAGGGCUCGGCAAAGUGCUGACAGACAUUUGCUGCAGUUGUCCAUCCUACAGCUUGUUCAGAAAUCUCAGCUUCGCGGUAACUCUCUACCUCUCACAGGAAAGAAGAAAUUAUGGUGUUUUACGAGGCACUGCAAAUCCAGAGCCCUUGGUGCACCUCGUGGUCUUGGUAUGUUUAAGCUCCAUAAAGGACAAUCAGAAGAAAGUGUUCCUGGACACAGAUGUAUUAUUUGCUGAGCUAAGCCACCCACUUCAUUGUUUUUUGUUUCGAAGCAGAGCGCAGUUUAUCAAAUAAAGUGUGUUCCUUUUGAUAUUUUUUUUUUCCUGAAAUUUAUCUCUGUUCAGGCUAAUCUUGCUGCUAUGGAUAAUCUGAAUGGGUCGCAGACAAGGGCCUGUAAUUCUAAUCCUUUACAUACUGACAGCUUUGAAAUGUCCACCGCUGCAAAUCAGAGGUGAAAAAAACCUGUCCCAAACAAUUAAUGUCCUUCUGUUAAUAGAUGCUUGUGCACAGGAUCUAUAGAUGCAUUGUUUCUGUUAAAAGCUGCAAUAAUGUAUAUCCUUUAUUUAUUGAGAGAUUAUGUUUCAAGUGUCAAUAUAGAUUGUGUCUAAUAAUCACAUUUCUAAACCUGAAUAAAUGUUUCAAAUAUA